AUAUGACUAUGACACCCAUGGAGACAGUUACAAGGAACAAGAUUCGCUCGUGGAUUUGAAAGAAAAAGGGACUCUUUUCUUUUCCCCCCCUCGCCGCUUGGUACAAAAUGCCUCCGACUCUGUUUCAGAAACUUUUCAACAAGAGGAGUGCUUUUUCGCCGCCGCCGCAGCGAUGUAACAAAGAGGAGCCAGCUUUCAGCUGGCCAAUCCCCCAGUUGGAGCCCAGUCACAUCCGGCUGAUCGUAUACCAGGACUGUGAGAGGCGCGGCCGCAACGUCCUCUUUGACUCAAAUGCCAAGAAGAGGGGCACGGAUGAUACCCACCUCACUGCCACGGAGGGUAAGAUGUUCGGUAAAUGCUUCCGGCUUCGACCGACGGGGGGCAGCAGCAGCUCCCUGGACAGCUCUUCCUCGUCCUCCUGCGCCUCCGAAACCGCGAGGGAAACCAAAGACCAGGGUCUCCGUUUCCAGGCUUCGAGGUGUUCGUCCGACGUGGUCAUGUUGGGGGAGAUGAUGUUUGGCUCGGUGGCCAUGAGCUACAAAGGCUCCACGCUAAAAAUACACCAAAUUAGGUCGCCGCCUCAACUAAUGCUGAGUAAAGUGUUCACGGCCAGGACGGGAGGCAGCGUUUAUGGCAGCCUCAACACGUUACAGGACAGUUUGGAGUUCAUUGCACAAGACAGCAGCAAUACCCUGCGGCCAGAUCAAAACACAGGGCCAAAUAAUCUCCUGGGGAACAUAGGAUUUUCUCAGCUCUGCAGCCCUCGACGGGCCUUCUCUGAGCAGGGCCCACUGCGUCUCAUCAAAAGCGCAUCUUUCUUUUCAGGCCACAGUCAUCCAAUGGACAUGCCUGGCCGAGGGCUGCAUGACGAGCGAGACAGUGGUAUCGCACGCUCAGCAUCCCUGAGCAGCCUUCUCAUCACGCCCUUUCCAUCGCCGGGCUCCUCGCUGACAAGCAGCUGCGCCUCCAGCUACCAGCGGCGGUGGCGACGUAGCCAGACCACCAGCCUGGAGAACGGUGUCUUCCCGCGCUGGUCGGUGGAGGAGAGCUUCAAUAUGUCAGACGAGAGUGGCGGGCAGAGCCUGGGCGUGGCUCGCAAGAAGAAAAUCGCCAUCGGCGUCAUCUUUACACUAUCACCCAACCCUGAGGAGAACAGCCGCUUCCAGGACUUUUUCUUCUCACAUUUCCCGCUCUUUGAAAGCCACAUGAACAAACUCAAGAGUGCUAUCGAACAGGCCAUGAAGAUGAGCCGACGGUCAGCUGACGCCAGCCAGAGAGCCUUGGCUUACAGCCGUAUGGUUGACGGGCUCAUUGAGUUUAGGAUGACCAUAUGCGACCUGUACAGCAUGCCUCGCGUGGCCGAGCCCGUGUGGCUGACCAUGAUGUCGGGCGCGUCGGAAAAGAACCACCUGUGUAGCCUUUUCAUGCGAGAGUUUUCACAGCUAAUGGAGCAGGCCUCCAAGAACCAGUUCCUUCCAGCAUUGCUGACGGCCAUUCUGACCAACCACCUGGCCUGGGUGCCCACGGUCAUGCCCAAUGGCCAGCCACCCAUCAAGAUCUUCCUGGAGAAACACUCGUCGCCCUGCGUGGACAUGCUGGCCAAGACACACCCCUACAACCCGCUGUGGGCGCAACUCGGCGAUUUGUACGGCGCCAUUGGGUCUCCAGUUCGCCUGGCCCGCACGGUGGCGGUAGGCCGUCGUCAGGAGCUGGUGCAACGCCUUCUCUAUGUGCUAACCUACUUCAUCCGCUGUUCGGAGCUGCUGGAAACGCACAUGCUGGACAGCGCCGAGGACGAGGCCAUCGUCAUGCCCGGCUCGCUGAUCACCACCUCGUUGCGCAAGGGCGAGGUAGAGGAGUCUGACUACGUUCUGGUGACCAUGCACAAGCCCGCUGGUGACUACUUGGCAGAGAAGGAGGAUGAGGGAGAGGAUGAAAACGAGGACUGUACUCGAGCGACGGAGACGCUCCAGGAAGACAUUUGCCGGACUUCAGAGCAAUCCGAGCGACUCCACAGGGAAUCCGGCGGCUCGCUGACCCCCGAGGCCCGGCUGGAGACGAUGCUACCUGUGGGCUCGUGCACUCCGAGGGAAUGUGGACCAGACGAGGGCCUGGGUAGAGACCCGGCCGGGGACCCGAUGCUAGGCUUCCCUCCGGAGAAGAAGCCUCCGGAUAAGAAUGUCCCCCCGGGAACCGCCGCGUCGGGUCCCAUGUCGCUCAUUCUAACAGAGGAGCCGGCAUCCAAAGUCACCUUCCUCAUCGGGGACUCCAUGUCGCCCGAGUCGGACACUGAGAGCCGGCGGCGAAAAGUAGAGGAGGACAUGAAGAAGCACAGGAUGCUCCACCAUCUUAUGCCGCCACUUUCGCAGGACCCGCCAUCCCUGCAGCGGGUGUCCAGCAAACUUCCCCAGUGGAACACAGACGCUCCGGAUUACAGCCACUUCGACGAGUACUUCUGCCAGGAGAAUCCGGUCGAGACCAGGACUAUAGACGAUGUGGCCAAGCGGGAGGAAGCCGCAGGAAGUUCAGCCACUCUUCACAAAGACCUGCUCGAUCCCUCAGGGGCCGGGCGGCAAAUUCUGGACGAUGUCGAGACAGCGAGCGAUUCAUCGGACACGCAAAGGAGGUGUCGUUGCAUUUCCACAGACUCGUGUGACAAAGGACUUGUCUUGUCCGUACCUGUCCUACACCGGGACGGAGUCGACGGCGAAACUGACUGUGAGGACCAAAAGUGUAAGCUGGCGCCCCUCAAUGACUGGGAGAUUCCACGUAACGAGAGCUCGGACAGCGCCCUGGGCGACAGCGAGAGUGAAGAGACGGAGGACUGGCAGGAGGAGGUGAUGGUGCCCUUUCCAGGCUCCAAGCUGGUGGAGAACUACUCCAAGCCAACUAUCGCCAACUUUGGCCGUUCGCUUUUUGGCGGUUACUGUCCCACCUACGUCCCGGACUUUGUACUGCACGGUAUGCCCAGCGAUGACAAGUUGCGGCAGAGCCUCACGGCUGAACUCACGCAUGCUGUCCAGCAUCCGGUUCUUGACGAGCCUAUAGCAGAGGCCGUGUGCAUCGUCGCCGACACGGAUAAGUGGACGGUACAGGUGGCCAGCAGCCAGAGAAGAGCCACCGACGUGGGAAAGCUGGGCAAGGAGGUUCUGGUGUCCAGCCUGGUGUCGGGACUGUUGCACUCUACGCAGCAGCUGUACAAGCUCAACAUGUCCCCCAACUUCUGCAUCAUGCACCUGGAGGACCGACUGCAGGAGAUCUACUUCAAGAGCAAGAUGUUAGCCGAGUAUCUCAAAGGCCAGAAGCGAGUCCACGUCAAAGAACUUGGCAUGGUCUUAGGAAUUGAAUCAAGUGACCUCCCGCUUCUAGCUGCCGUGGCCAGCACUCACUCGCCCUAUGUGGCCCAGAUUCUGCUGUGAGGACGACUAGGCGUUUCUCAAGUCUUUUUUUUCUUUUACCUUUUUUUUUUAGACCACACACUGUGCUGCUGACAAGUGCGAUGCCCACAUUGCACCACAGGAGGGUACUCUCGGGCAAGAAACGAAGUGACUAUUGUAUGAAUGUUUUUUUUGUAUGUGUGUGUGUGUGUGUGUGUGUGUUAUGGACACCAUGCCAAAGACUUUUGUUACCAAAGGAGUGGUAAGAUCAGGCUAUAAAGAAACUCAUUUACAUCACUAGAUUGAAUGUCGGAAUCAUAUGACAAUAUGUGACUUAAUUGUCGGGAACAUAGAACUUUAUUUUCUCUGGGUUAAUUUGUACUUUAUUCUCUUAAGAUUCCGACUUGAAUCUGGCCUUUUCAUUCGUCUAAUUUCUUCUCAGUGUGGCCCUAACACUCCUUGGAACGGUGAUGAACUUUUACAUGAACCUUUGAAACAGAAAAAGGCGCUUUGAUGUAUUUUCUCUACAAUUUUGUGCUUUUUCUGUACAAUCUCCAAUAAGCCAGCCAUGUUAGUUACGCAGUUAGUUAAAAAAAUCAUGCCAAGUAACUUUUUUUUUUCCCAAGCCAAAUUUGACAAUUUUUGCCCCAUUUUAACUCUUAUUUAGCAUGUCGCACCAGUUCGGAGAAUUUCCAAACUCUACCUCAUAUGCAUCAUGAAUAAAUAUAGGUAAUUAAAAAAGGGAUUUUAAUUCAUUAAAUCAAGAAGUAACUUUUUUCCUCAUUGCAGAGUCAUUGCUGCAUCCAUUUUACAACCAAAACAAAAAAAUGCUGAAUAUUUUUUAUGUCAUGUUUACGAUGAGGAGUGAUGACGCGAUGGAAGAAAAUUCACUGAGGGAGGGUUAUUUGUCAUCUUUAUAUUUUUAAACAGUACUUUUAUUCUUUUUCGUCUUAAUUGGGAGUGUGAAUGUCAUGGCAGGUUUCCAAACAGCAGCUAACAUUGAGUAGCGCUUGUUGGUGUCUUCAUGGCGUCCUUUGUAUAAAACUAAGUUAUUUUUGUGGACUGUACAAUUCAUUUCCAUGUAUUUAUACCUUUUCAACAAUUGUCUCAUCGGAAAUUAUCUUUUUCCCAAUUUUAUGGGAAUGUUGUGCAAUAAACAUGCAGACA